UUGAACGGUUCGGGUCGCUGCAUGUUGCUUGCAUUCGGUUAACAGUACGUUUCGUUUCGUGUGUGUUUUCGUUUGUCGUAAUUCGCGUGGCUGCGCAUGCGAAGGAGAGCGCGCAAAGCAUAGUAGCAACAGCAACAGCAACAGGAACAACAUCGAAGAGACACAUAAAGUGCAAGCAAACAAACAAACAAACAAAAAAAGAGUGCAAAUGGGGAAAUGGAAAUGCAAGUGCAAAUAGUGCAACAGAUUUUAACGCAUUUGACUUUGUGCGCCGCCAGCAAUAUUUUUCCAAUAUUUUGACUCGGAUUUGGUCGAUUGCCAUCGCUCAUCGUUUAUCGCUUCGUGCGCAAUAUACCAACUCCCCCCCUGCUCUUGCCACUAAGAAAACGCCGACUUUACUUUAUCAAUUUGUUGGUGCAACCCAAAAAUCGGGAACUGCCAUCGCCACCGUCGACGCUCUUAUCAUACGCAAGUAACUUACUUUGCCCAAACUGAAUUAUUGCCGAUACGCGAAGAGGCACGGAAAAAGUCUUACCCAAGACAAACAGAGGAUCGUCCCAGUACCAGUCUCAGUCCAUUAGCACAUACUCGAAGAAAUCCCCGGGUCGAGGAUUAUUCAAAUAUUUGUGUCCCAGUGUGUGUGUGUGUCUGCCGCUGAUAAGAUGACCACCAAGGCAGUGUCCAGGUGCAAUAGAGCCAUAAAUUGAGGCCAGGUUCAAGCUCACUCCCCCACUCCCCCACUCCCCCAAGUGUUCCAAGCCAAACCCUCCGAUACCGACUCCUGAUAAACCGAAUUCCAGCAUGAGCAGCCUGCGCCCGGGCAGCGUCUGUGACACGACGCCGCUGCAGCGCUUCGAGAGCCAAAGCAGCAGCGGCGAGGAGCCCUCGUCUCCGACGGCAGCCAGCAUCAUAGCAGCCGCCGCUGCAGCCGCCGCCUCGACCACAUCGACAUCCAAUCCCCACAACCUAAACAACAACAACAAUGUAAAACUUGAUUUACAGCUGCCGACAUUCGUUGGAAGCUCGGGAGCGGCACCCGGCCUGGGAACUGGACUAGCCAACGGGCCAGGAUCCAUUGGCGGCGGCAAAAGGCCACUGCGCGGUCCAACAAAGAUACUUGGACGCAUUCUCUUGGACUUGUGUAUGCUCAGCUGCGUGGGUCUGCCCAUGCUGGGCUUCUCCUUGUGGGGUGAGCCCUUCAAGCGCGGCUUCUUCUGCAAUGACUCGUCGCUGAAGCAUCCCUACAAACACUCCACCAUACGCAGCUGGAUGUUGUACCUCAUGUGUGGCGCACUGCCCUUCUCGCUGAUAAUCCUCGUGGAGUUCUUCAGGUGCCAGGACAAGCGUUUGCAUGGCCCAUUUAAGAGCCUGAAGACCCGCACUGGCAGUGGCUAUCAUUUGUGUCAUCUGGAACUGCCCUACUGGCUGCUGGAGUGUUACAAGAAGAUUGGCAUCUUCAUCUUUGGCCUGGGCGUUGAGCAGCUGACGGCGAAUAUAGCCAAGUAUGCCAUUGGCCGGCUGCGACCGCACUUCUACACUCUCUGCCAACCCGUACUCUGGGAUGGCAGCAAUUGCACUCAUCCCAUGAAUGCCGCUCGCUACAUCGAAGAGUUCACCUGUGGCGCAGCGGACAUGAAUGCCAAACGGCUCAAGGAUAUGAGUCUAUCGUUUCCCAGCGGACAUGCCAGCUUCUCCUGCUACGCCAUGCUCUACAUAGUCAUCUACUUGCAGCGCCGCAUGCAUUGGCCCCGACUGCGUAUGUUGCGACACUUUCUGCAGUUUUCGCUGCUCAUGUUCGCCUGGUACACCUGCCUGACGCGCAUCUCCGACUACAAGCAUCACUGCUCCGAUGUGCUGGCAGGCGCUGGCAUUGGCAUAACCUAUGCCAUAGUUGUGACCUCAACCUUGUGGUAGGCGGGGUUACAAACCCCUCCCCAAACUACCCACCGCGCUGGCCGGCGUUCGCUUUAGCAGAUGCUUCAUCUACUGGAACUUUCAGUUUUUAACUUAGUCUCAAAUAUCGACCAUCGUUAGCAGCUAAGCACUUAUUUAUCUCUGUAUCUACAUGUCUAAGAGUGCACGUUUCAAUCAUUUUUAACAUUUUACUUCAUAAAUUUUGAGUUACUAUUAAAUGUUUUAACAUUACAAAACAA